AUGGAGGAAAUGAAGCCUACAGAACAUGGAACCCCAAAUGUUUGCAUCCACUUUGAACUUGCCAAUCACAGCUUCCUUCCAGGUCUCCCCAGUGUCCUCACCUCCUUUCCAAAUACAAGGAGUAGAGAAGGUCUUCUUGGAGGCCAGGCUUCAGCUAAUAGUGAGUUUGAGGCCAGGAGGAACCAGAGUGACUCCAUACUGCUCAGAAACCAGCAGCUGUGCUCCACAUGUCGAGAAAUAAAUACGGUACAACCAAGAACUAUGAUAAUCCCAGAUGAUCUGAAACUAUCCUUUGACAAUUUUAUGAGUCGUAGGUAAAGUCCUCAUCAACCCAAAGCCCGGACUAUACCUAAACCUUCCCAUGAUGACAUCUCAGAAGAGAGUGUUCGCUACAGACUGCCCAUGCUGGGCCCCAGGACAGCUGCCUUCCAUGGACUGCUGUCAGAUGCCUACAAAACUUUGCAGGAGAUGCAACCUACUUCCUUGCCCAAAAAAGAAUCAAUGGGCAAGACGACAAGGAAGUGAGUAGUCAGAGCUCACCACCUUCCAGACUCCCAGAGAGAAAACAAUCCACCAAGCCACUCUCUGACUCUAGUACUUUCUCCUCCCUUUAAAAAGAUGACUUAAUUUUGCCUUCCUAAGAGUUGCUGGUAUUCGAGCUCUUGCCACCAUCUUCUUACUCACUUCUGCUAACGACAAACUGGUUUCAUUUAUAUUAUAAGGAUUUAUUGAUUAAAAUGGA